AUGUCAGAUGCAAACAAUGAAGACAUUGUUAUUACAAUCACAGAUGUUGAAGCAACAAAAACUGCAGCCGAACAAGAACCUGAAGGAGAAGAAGCAAAUAAAGGUGAAAAGAGGAAAAGAGAAAUGAAGGGACAUGUUCUUAAUUUGAUUGUUCAAGAAGAAUUGGAUGAGAUUAAUGAUUGUAUUCAUAGGGUUAGGAAUGCCGUGAAAUAUGCUAGAGGAUCUGCAAAGAGAAAACUUGAGUUUCUACACUAUGCUAACCAGGAAUGUAUUUCCAGAGGCAAAAUGUUAUCUCUAGAUAUAUGUACAAGCUGGAACUCAACAUAUUUAAUGCUUGAAUCUACAUUACAUUAUAGGAGAGCUUAUGACCGCAUGAAAACUCGUGAUUUGAACUUCAGGGAUCCUCCAUUGGCUGAUGAUUGGGAAAAAGCUCGGAUUGUUCAUGGUUUUCUAGAAAUUGUUUACACUGUCACAAAAAUUUUCUCUGGCAGCAAAUAUUGCAUAGCUAAUGUGUUUCUUCGUGAAAUCUACCAUGUGUUCAUGUUAUUAAGAGAAACUUCUAUAGAAGAUAGUCCAUUUCUUGGAAGCAUGGCAGUGAACAUAUUGGUGAAAUUUGAGAAAUAUUGGCUAGAAAAAGAGCCAAAUAUCUUGCUAUCUGUUGCUUUUGUUUUAGAUCCCAGGUCUAAAAUGAGAAAUUUGAAGACCAUCUUUAGCAAGAUUUAUGAGAGCUAUUUAGCACCAUAUAUGUUAGAUUGUGUUCACAAAACACUUCAGGAUCUUUUCAUCGAAUAUGUAAAGGCUUAUGAAGUGAGUUGUUAG